GUAGUGAAUCCCGAGUUGAAUGGUAUAAGUGUCGGUUGCGACUCGUGCUGUUCUUAACUGUAUCCCCUCGAGAUGAGUCCCGACCAUGACUUCUAUGCUCAAGAAAUCCCUCAACAAACUCGCCCUCGGCGGUCCUUUGAAGGCCUUGACUCCAACGGUAGACCUACACGAUAUCUACCUCUACGCAGAAAGUAACUUUGUCCCAUCCUCACGAUCCCAGAGCCGGCAAGUGUCCUCAACCUUUACCGGGUUCACUCCACGGACCUCGACGUCUACUCCUGCCCCACCUAUUCCGCAGCUGGAAGAGAUCGAAGCGGAUGAGGUCUAUGGCAUUGAGGUGCUUUCCCUCGUGCUGCCUGCUUGCCCGUGUGGUCCGCUCUGCCAUCAGAAAUUACGAGAGUGUACUGAUGAUAGGUGUAGAGCAGUUCUACGACCGGCUUGUCGCCCUCCACGACGUUUGUCGUUCCACGCCAGGUGUGCUCCCGCUAGGGAGGCUCCUCGAUUUCCACCGUCAGACAACGCUACCAUUACUCGGCCACGAAAUGAUCUCAAAUACUGGCAGUGAUCAAGCUACCUUGCGCGCAGUGGAGUCUUGCUUGGCCCCGGACUAUCUCCGCACAACCCUCGUGCGCCUCGAGGUCCUGGAUGCCAUUGCUGCAAAGUUCGAAGAGGUCGUCGGGAUAAAAAGUGGAUACGGGAGUGGUUGGAUUACGAAUAGAGUCCCCAGUGCUGGGAAAUCAGAUGAUGAAUGGUCCGGUGCAAAUUCGAGUGUGGUCUGGUAGCGUAGCCUCAAUUUAUCUUUCAGUUCUCACGGCGUCCGGGCCCGGUUAUGAUAUUGCAUGCCCGUAACAACGAGCACUGACAGUCAAAGACUUGUAGUCCCACUUGGUUAACCCUAAGGAGACAUCAUC